AUGUCAGCUCAGACCUCUGCAAUCCUCUACGCGGCCACCGUCGCAGCUCCCUCCCUCUCAAGUGCUAGACCGGAAGAUGAACUCACCAAGAAAAAAGCACAUCAUAAGGGCAAAGGCUUUACAAAUCCAUGGGAGUCAUGGAGCUCGAUGGGUGCCUUGGAAAUUGGGAGAGCAAUGAUCGUGCGACGUCUGACGGGCAAAGCCAACAUCCCUGAUACGACUCCACCUACUGUCCCAGUCAGGCCUCCAGAAUUCCUCAAUAGCAGGCAUGGUACCGACAAACUACGGGCAACAUGGUUAGGCCAUGCGUGUUUCUAUGUCGAGUUUCCCAGCGGUCUUCGUGUCCUCUUCGACCCUGUCUUCACCGAUCGCUGCUCCCCAUUCUCCUGGCUUGGUCCCAAACGAUACACAGACCCGCCAUGUCAGAUUAAAGAUAUCCCUACCAUAGACGCUGUCAUAAUAUCUCACAACCACUACGACCACCUCUCCCAUCCCACCGUCACCGAGAUUGCUCGCCUACACCCCAAUUGCCAUUUCUUUGCUCCCCUUGGCAAUAAGAAGUGGUUCUUGGAUGCCGGCAUCAACAAUGUCACAGAAAUGGACUGGUGGGACGAAGUUGACUUCACCCUCACACCCUCUCCGUCCACUUCCAAAGAAUCUCCAAGACCAAGCAUAACAUCCACAGAGGACGGGUGCAACCCGUCCUCAGCUGGUGGGGACAUCAUAACAGCCCGAAUAUCCUGCCUACCAAGCCAACACAUCGCCAACCGCGGCCUCUUCGACCGCGGCGCAACCCUCUGGUCUUCUUGGUCCGUCUCCUCAGCCCCAUCUACGACCACCCCCUCCUCCGUCUAUUUCGCAGGCGACACAGGUUAUCGCGCUGUACCGCUCUCCUCCGACGGCCAAGACGACUGGUCAGAGCAGUACGCCCACCUCCCCGUCUGCCCCGCAUUUGCGGAUAUAGGCCGGCUCCGCGGUCCCUUCGAUCUCGGCCUCAUCCCAAUCGGCGCAUACAUGCCGCGCUUCAUCAUGAGCCCCAUGCACGCGGAUCCCAGGGACGCGGUGGAGAUCUUCAAGGCUACGGGAUGUAAAAGGGCGCUGGCGAUGCAUUGGGGCACCUGGGUGUUGACGGAGGAGGAUGUGCUGGAGCCGCCGAGGAAGUUGCGCGACGCGUUGAAGUUGAGAGGGGUGCAGGAAGUGGGCGUGUUCGAUGUGUGUGAUAUUGGGGAGAGCAGGCAAUUUUAA